AUCAAAACAUGAGGCUUAGCAAACCAAGGCUAACAGAGUCAUCACAAAUUUACACCAAUUGAGAUUGGCGUUGUGAAUCAUCGCAUGAAUUGUCUUCGUGUCCUCCUGGGAGAGAGUGGUGUGAUUGAACUUCCUAGGCUUGAGAAUCUGUGUCAAAACAUAAAAAAUGAAUCGAAACAAGGGACUUGUGGAAGCAAUCGUAGGGCGCCGCUGUUGGGAAGUGGGGACGAAGUUUCGGAUGCCCACUUCCUCCAAGAGGGCGGUCUCGUUGAACCGCGCUCCUUCUUCUCCGAUGUAGAGCCCGAGAUCCUGUCCGUCCCGAUGAAGCCCGGUGAGAAUUUGAAUCUUUUCCUCAUUCAAAUAGAUGUCCACCCCAUUGACGUUAGAAAUCAAUGCUCCGUCCUCAUCCUUUUUCAAGUUCGAGUAGAAAGCUCGAACAAGAAAAGGGUGAUAAUGAGCCUUCUUGAUGUAGAGGAGGUCGAGGAAGUUUCCACGUUUGAGGAUAACCCAUGCCUCACGUGGAAUGGAAUCAUGAAUGAAGCGAGCGGUGGAGAAUCGGGGAGGGAGAAUUUCCUGGUGCUCAAACUUCUCCGAGAACCGCCUCGCCUCUGCGCGGUCGUUGAACCAAAGGAACGACCCAUCGAGGUACUUGUGCGCCGGUGGUGGAGGAGCUCAGGAGGAGGCAGCGUUCUUGCCGGUGCGGGAGCGCUUUCUUUGUUUGCCUGCCAUUGCAACAAGAGAGGGGAGAGAACCAAUUUGCAGAAAUUUUAUAUAUAAAAAAAAUGAAGAACUAUUGCAAGAAUGAUUAAUUAUGAUGAAUAUAUUGAGACAGGAUGAUUGGAAUGAGUAAAUAUUGAAGGGAUAU